AGGUCCCUAUAGCAACCAUCUAAAACGUUCGUACGCCACAGGACCAUGGACGAAUUUCAAUUAUCUGAAGAGACUGCAUUUGUCGUUGAUGAUAUAACUACAAUCAUAAAAGAUACUGUGGAGACAACUAUUGGAAGCAGUGCCUAUCAACAAAAUCGAAUUAACCAAUGGACAUCCAGUGUGGUGGAAACAAGUCUGAAUCAACUGUCCAAACUAGGAAAACCCUUUAAAUACAUAGUGACUUGCAUCAUACUGCAGAAAAAUGGAGCAGGCCUGCACACUGCCAGCUCUUGCUUCUGGGACAACACUAUGGACAGAAGCUGUACGGUGAGAUGGGAGAACAAAACCACGUACUGUAUAGUCUGUGUCUUUGGGUUGGCUGUCUGACAUGAACAACCACCAUCUUCCCCUGUUUGGUAAUCAGACAUUUUCCCAACCCCAGUGAAACCAGUCUAAUAAAUGUAGCCCUUGCUU